UACCAUUUUGAAGUGACACGGUACCAAAUGGUUUUCGUCGUAAAACUAAAACGUACCAAACUAUUUGAAUAGUACUGGUACUAUUUUUUUUUGAAAAUCUCGAAUCUUAAUGAAUUGCGCCCACAAAAAAAGAAAAAUCAUUUUGAGAGGCAGCACUCGCAAAGCAAACCAGGGGCGGCACAUAACAAAGCUGACAGUACUCAAGGCCCAGGCCGCAGUCUUUUUAUCCGGCCGUUUCCUUUCUCCAAUGGUGGGAUCAACUCCAUUCUCCCCGGGCUGCGCUAAUAAGUUGCACGUGGUUGAUGCCGUAUUCCCAUUUGUAAUGAACUGCGUUGUUGCAAAAAGUCUGGGCAGUAAACUUCGAGGCAACCGCAGGGAGCUUAGAGACUUCACAGCCAAGUUGGCUGCAUUAGUACACAAAAGGGGAGAAGAUUGCAGCACCAUGAGUGCCUUCACUCCUUUAUCUGGUUUCACCACGCAUGGUAAUCCCUGUCGGAUUAAACGUACACUAGGACGAGAAAUAAGGUCCUUCUCUAGUGCUAUCCCACAAAGAAUUGAGGAAGAUCAUGUGGCAGCUAGUGCUGCACAGCCAGCUGAGGCUGAAGCAGUCAAACAAAACAGAAGAUGCAAGGGUAGUUACUUUAAUGUUGCCCAUUCUCAAAAACCUCCUGAGAAAGUACAAUCUAGUGACCAUUUUCCACAACCAUCAGUAUGCACCAAACUAAGGUCAAUCAAUAAGGUUAGAGGUUCAACAUUAUCUCCAAUCUCACCAGCUCCAAAUGCUAUUGAACCUAUUGAGUUGCUAGAAGCAAAAAGUAAAAAAAAUAAGUUGGAGAAAUCUUUUAAGAAAGAUGAAGGCAUUCUAAGUCGGGAGAUUGAAAGCAGCUAUGAUGUUUUGGUUGGACAUAACCAGACUCAGCUUGCAAAAUCUACUGCCACGGAGAAGAGCAUUACCAAGGCCAACCUUUGUGAGAGGCUGGAGUCCAUCUAUGACAAAGUUCUCAUAGUCAACAACAUCUCACUGGCCAAGGAAGUUGUCAGUAAGCUUACAAAUGAGUACAGAAAUUUAAUCCAUGCAUGCGAUACUGAGGUAGCCAAGAUUGAUGUCAAACGUGAGACACCAGUUGAUCAUGGAGAAAUCAUAUGCUUCAGUAUUUAUUCUGGACCACACACUGAUUUUGGAGAUGGCAAAUCUUGUGUCUGGGUUGAUGUCCUUGAUGGAGGUGGGAAUGAUAUUUUAGUAGAAUUUUCUCCGUUUUUUGAAGAUCCAUCAAUUAAAAAGGUAUGGCACAACUAUAGUUUUGAUUGCCACAUCAUAGAGAACUAUGGACUCAAAAUGGCUGGGUUUCAUGCUGAUACAAUGCACAUGGCUCGAUUAUGGGAUUCCUCCAGACGUACAAAGGGAGGCUAUUCUCUUGAGGCACUUACUGGUGAUACAUCUGUCAUGUGUGAUGCAAGUGUGUCCCCUGGUGAAGAGCUGCUUGGUAAAGUGUCCAUGAAAACUAUUUUUGGCAGGAACAAACUCAAGAAAGAUGGAACUGACGGUAAAGUCGACACCAUUCCAUCUGUUGAAGAGUUGCAAAGAGAGGAUCGUAAAUUAUGGAUUUGUUACUCUGCCUUAGAUUCCAUAAGCACUUUGAUGCUUUAUGAUAGUUUGAAAACAAAACUCUCUAACCGUGUCUGGAAGUUUGAUGGAGUUUGUGAAGGGAACAUGCUCAACUUUUAUGAGAAAUACUGGCUUCCAUUUGGUGAGCUUUUAGUUCAGAUGGAAACUGAGGGUGUGCUUGUUGAUCGCGGUUAUCUUGCGGAGUUAGAGAAAGUGGCUCAAGCUGACCAGGAGAUUGCUUCUAACAGAUUUCGCAACUGGGCAUCUAAGUACUGCCCUGAUGCAAAAUACAUGAACAUGGGAAGCGAUGUGCAGUUGCGUCACCUCUUUUUUGGUGGCACUCUGAACAAAAAGGACCCUAAUGAGAUUCUUGAUGAUCCGAAAGAUUUCACAGUUCUCAACAGAGUCAACACAGAGAAUAUAUCUAAAGAAGACAAAAAGGCUCCAAAAUUUCAUAAGAUCACCCUUCAUAAGAUUGGUGACCGCAUUGAGACUGCUCUGUACACUGCUAGUGGAUGGCCAUCUGUUAGUGGAGAUGCUUUAAGGGCUCUUGCUGGUAAAGUUUCUUCUGAUUUUCAAAUCACGUGUGGAGCAGAUGAAAAUGAAGAAGAAGAGUCCGUUUCAAGCAAAGAUGAGUCUUUUGUGGCUAAUACUGAAGCAUUCUAUACCGAGCUAGAUGCUACAGGGUAUGGAACAGCUUAUAAGGCUUUUGGAGGUGGUGAAGAUGGAAUAGAGGCAUGCUAUGCCAUUUCCUCUUUAUGUCAUAUCUGCUCCAUCAACUAUCUUAUUUCAAAUUUCAUCAUCCCUUUGCAGGGCUGUGCAGUAUCAGGAAAGAGCGGGCGCAUCCAUUGUUCACUAAACCUAAAUACUGAAACUGGGCGCUUGUCAUCAAGGAAGCCAAAUUUGCAGAACCAGCCUGCUCUAGAAAAAGACACCUAUAAAAUUCGUCAGGCGUUCAUAGCUUCACCUGGGAAUUCCUUAAUUGUUGCUGACUAUGGGCAGUUGGAACUUAGAAUUCUUGCACAUCUUGCAAAUUGUAAGAGCAUGUUAGCUGCCUUUGAAGCUGGUGGAGACUUCCAUUCGAGGACUGCUUUAAACAUGUAUCCACACAUACAAGAAGCACUUGAACGGAAACAGGUUCUCCUUGAGUGGCACCCGCACCCUGGUGAGGAUAAGCCAUCAGUUCCAUUACUAAAGGAUGCGUUCGCUUCUGAAAGAAGGAAAGCAAAGAUGCUUGAUUUUUCCAUUGCUAAUGGAAAAAAUACAAUGGGACUUGCACGGGAUUGGAAGGUUUCUGUGAGGGAAGCCAGGGAAACAGUAGACCGGUGGUAUAGUGACAGGAAGGAGGUUCUAACUUGGCAAGAACAACGCAAAUCUGAAGCACAUCGAUUUGGAUGUGUUUACACACUGUUAGGACGGGCUUGCUGGUUCCCUUCACUCAAUCUAGCAACCGCCUAUUUCAAAGGCCACAUUGAACAAGCUGCCAUCAAUACUCCUGUCCAGGGAAGUGCUGCAGAUGUUGUAAUGUGUGCCAUGCUAGAAAUAUCAAAGAACCAACGGUUAAAGGAGCUUGGCUGGAAAUUGAUUUUACAGGUUCACGACGAAGUAAUUCUUGAAGGACCGACGGAAUCAGCAGAGGAAGCAAAGGGUAUUGUGGUUGACUGUAUGUCGAAGCCGUUUGAUGGGAAGAAUAUUCUCAGAGUUGGCCUCUCUGUUGAUGCCAAAUGUGUUCAGAGUUGGUAUUCUGCCAAAUAGAGUUUGUGCUCCUGCACUAAUGCUCUUAGUCUCAUUUUUAUCAUCUUUUAGGCUGGCAUAUCUCUCUCUCUCUCUCUCAUGGAACAUGGCUUGCUUCUGUAUAUUUUUGUAUUUGGAUAGAAUGGCAAAAUUGGAGUUGCAAGGUAACUUUGUGCAAAGACGGCAUGCAUUGUAUGUGUACCACAAGAUGAAUCUUCACUCGAUUAAUGCCAAUACAUCUGUUCAUAAAUACUCUUUCACAUU